GUAGGUGCCGCGCAUGGCAUCUCCGAGCCUUCCUGCGCUGCGCUCUGCCGUCCUCUGCCGCUGGGUCGCUGACGAUGCGGCGACGAGGCGCUCGUACGUUUGCGUGCGCGGCUUCAACCGCAGUUUAGUUCACAAUCCUGAAGUGGAGUGAAGCGGCGGCGGAGCCUGGAUGGAUGAUGGAUGGACGGAGCCGCCUCUCGUCGCUCGGACAGCUGUAACGUCGGCGGACGGACGCGUGCGUUCACCGAAGGGGCUUCACUGCGUUUGACACCCAGCCACAGACAGAAUGAUCGAGGAAGGCAGCAAACGGGGCAAGGCCACAGUGGAGAAGAGGCAGCUCUUCAUGGAAAUGAGAGCCCAGAACUUCGACGUUAUCAGGCUUUCGACCUAUAGGACGGCCUGCAAACUCCGGUUCGUGCAGAAGAGAUGCAACCUCCAUCUGGUGGACGUGUGGAACAUGAUCGAAGCCUUUCGCGACAAUGGGCUCAACACGUUGGACCACAACGCUGAGAUCAACGUGUCCCGGCUGGAGACCAUCCUGUCUUCCAUCUACUACCAGCUCAACAAGCGGCUGCCCACCACCCACCAGAUCAACGUGGAGCAGUCCAUCGGGCUGCUGCUCAACUUCAUGGUGGCCACCUAUGACAGCGAAAGCCACGGGAAGUUGACGGUUUUCUCAAUGAAGGCCAUGCUGGCCACAAUGUGCGGAGGCAAAAUUGUGGACAAACUACGCUAUAUCUUCUCACAGAUCUCCGACUCGAGUGGAGUCAUGGUGUUCGCCAAGUUCGACCAGUUCCUCCGGGAGGUGCUGAAACUCCCCACAGCCGUGUUCGAGGGGCCGUCGUUCGGCUACACGGAGCACUCUGUGCGCACGUGCUUCCCUCAGCAGAAGAAGAUCAUCCUGAACACAUUUUUGGAUGUGUUGAUGGCGGAUCCACCUCCACAGUGUCUCAUAUGGCUCCCGCUCAUGCACCGACUUGCCAAUGUUGAAAACGUCUUCCAUCCGGUGGAAUGUUCAUAUUGCCGGAGCGAGAGCAUGAUGGGUUUCCGGUACCGGUGCCAACAGUGCCAUGGCUACCAGCUUUGCCAGAGCUGCUUCUGGCGUGGCCAUGCGAAUGGUCCCCAUAGCAACCAGCACCAAAUGAAAGAGCACUCAUCCUGGAAGUCUCCGGCCAAAAAGCUGAGCCACGCCAUCAGUAAAUCUCUGGGCUGCGUCCCGAUCGGCGAGCCGCCGCACCCCGUGUUCCCCGAGCAGGCGGAGCGGCCGCAGGAGCUGGCCCACACCGUUGUCUUGGAGAGUCCCAGCAGGCUGGAUGAGGAGCACCGCCUCAUCGCCCGCUAUGCUGCCCGUCUGGCGGCCGAGGCCGGCAACUCCACGCAACAGUGUCCUCCCACGGACCUGAGUUUCAACUUCGACGCCAAUAAGCAGCAGAGGCAGCUGAUUGCAGAGCUGGAGAACAAGAACAGGGAAAUCCUCCAGGAGAUCCAGAGGCUGCGCCUGGAGCACGAGCAGGCGUCUCAGCCCACGCCGGAGAAGGCCCAGCAGAACCCCACGCUGCUGACCGAGCUGCGGCUCCUCAGACACCGGAAGGACGAGCUGGAGCGGCGCAUGUCGGCCCUGCAGGAGAGCCGACGGGAGCUGAUGGUGCAGCUGGAGGGACUCAUGCGGCUGCUGAAGGAUGAGGAGCAGAAGCAGGCUUCCCAGUCUGGAGGCUCCCCUCACUCCUCCCCCAGCCACGGCGCCGGCUGCUCCAUGCCCAUGCCCAUACGCUCCACCUCGGCCGGGUCCACCCCCACUCACACGCCGCAGGACUGCCUGGCGGGGGUGGGGGGGGACGUUCUGGAGGCCUUCGCUCAGGGUGUCCCUCGGAACCUGCGGAACGAUCUGUUAGUCGCUGCUGAUUCAAUCACGAACACCAUGUCGUCGCUGGUGAAGGAGCUGCACUCAGUAGACGACGGAGGAGAGGAGGAGGAGACCAGCAUGAGGAACGGUGGAGACAGAGGUCAGCACACUGAGAGUACAGAAGCACUGAGGGGAAGUGAACGCCACCCACGUCCUGCAGGACAGACAGUCAUCAACUGGGAAGAAUCAGUAAUAACAACAACCCCCCCCCCCCCCCCCCCCCCCCCCCCCUCCUCCCUGGCAUUAGCACGUAGAGUAAUGCAUGCUGUAAUCUAACAGGAUUUCACUAUGUGAAAAAAAAGUUUCUUCGCACCUUGCAGGGAGCAAGAUGUGACUAAUUAGCGAGUGUGUAUUUUGUCCUGCUGUAAUUAGCCCAUGAUUUCCCUCCGGACUGCUAAGGAAUGACUCGCUGUGCUGCUCCCCCCCCCCGUCCCCGUCCGCUGCAGCAGCUCAUUGUGUAAAUACCACAGUGCACGGGCCCCCGACUCGCAGACGGUGGCCUCCUGUCGUCCCACGUCCCCCGUCGUUGCUUUCGUAUGAUCAGCGCUGAUAUUCCUCGCUACGUCGGAUCGUUCCCUUUUUUUUACACGCCGUCGCACUCGCGUCUGACUUCCGAGACUGCACCAUGCUAUGCCAGCUCUCCGUGGAGUUCACGGUGACACGUUGGAGGGGGGGGGUCCCGCCGUGUCCCCCCUCAAAACUCAUGUUGAGCUCGUUUUCCUUCAGAUUCCGUAUCCUGGUCAUUUUGCUAAACUGUGUAAAAAAUGUAAAGCAAAUACUAGCAUCCAGCUACAGCUUAAAGUCCCAGUACUGUAUGUGCUAUUAAAGGCAAGAGCUCAGAAAACCCCUGUGUGCAGCCACGGCCUCAUGUGAACCCACAACCUAUCGUUAUGAUUCAGUGCCUGCUUUGCCUUAAAGCUCUUUGACUCGCUGAUUUCAUCUGUUUUGCACUGAGGGUCAAACCAAACAAGCAAAUUGAAAAACAACCAAACUAAAUGUCUGUUGUCUCACGUUCACCCAGAAAUAAGCAAGAAGCUCUGUAAUAUUAAUGUGCGGUAUAUUCUGGCACAACUUAUUCAUAAUGGUACUUCAAAUCUAAUGCCCAGCUGUUUGUAUCAUUGCUGCCUGAGGAUGCGCGUCCACAGCUUUCCCUCGCUCCAGAAUACUGUGGACGUGUGAACACACUCCCUGAGUCACACACUGUUCUGCUGCUACUGUGCUCUCCGCGAGCCACCUUUGCAAAUAAGAGGGCUGUGCACAUAGAAGCCGGGGGCAACUCCUGCACACAAUAACGUCUCGGGAACCGAACCGCCUGAAGGUCAUGGUGACACUCAGCAGAGCUCGGUGCCGCCUUCUGAAAUAGCUGGUAGCUUCAGUCCUAGCGCGUAGUGAAGCACCUCGGGUCGUUUGUCGUAACGACCUCAGCUGCUGAGUUCUAUUAAAUGUACACAUAUAUGUGAAGGUGCAGGGAGGGUCAGGAUGUAGGAAGUGCUUGGAUAGUUUUAUUUAGCCAAUAAAGUCAUGAAAACGUUUAGGUGCUCAGGGACUGCAGAGCGACUCCAGGGGAAAUGUGCUUAUAGGCAGAGGAGUAAAGGGUCAAAGGUCAGGGGUUCGUCUUACUUUGGAAUGGAACUCUUAGAAGCAGCAAGAUUGACCGUGGAUUAUAAAAACGACAAGUUAUUCUGAAGUGCUAUUUGGUGAUGCAUGAUGUUGAAUAUAGUUUGUCCGUGCGUGAGUUUGUGUCUUUCACGGGUCUGUCUGUCGCCGAGGUAGCCGUCGAGCGCGAUGGAUGUUCAUCCUCGAGGCAACGUUACCUUCACACGUUUUGUCUUCUGGUUCAAGGCUCUUUGUCGUUCGGCAUAUUAAUGAGCGCUGACUGAAUGUGAUGCAGUAGUAAAGGCCUGGAGGCAGUAAUGGAGGAGCCGAAACCACAGAAACUCUUGUAGAGUGCACUGAUCCUAUAAAGAAGGCUUCAGUAUCCUGUUACAGCGUUGGGACGAGGCUCCUCUGUAAUUAUUGUUCUAAAUGUGAUGGUUUCGAUUUUCAGUUCUUUGUUCUUCUCUAUGUUAAUAUUAUUGUUGGAGUUCUGGUUUACAGUAUUAGUGGUGCAGUCGUUGUAAUGAGUUCGUCGAAACACACGCGCACACUCACAGCUGCCCAGAUGUUGAGUCGCACGAGCCGGCGCACAAACCCCGAACGGUCGUGGAUCAAAGGCUUCGCGCGACCGCUGCUUGUCAGAAAGUUUGUCUUAUUUUGGUCGGAAAGUUCCCGGACGGUCGACGACGCAGAUGACCGUCUUCCCCUUUAUUCUGUGUGCGCGCUUGAAUGCAAAAACGUUUCUGUUCUUUCGGUUCGUGCCUGUAGCUUGUUCUGUGAAGUGCUGUGUACAAAUAACCACUCAGCAAAUGAGCUGCUCUGUCAGCUUGUAUGUCAACGUUUCGGUCUGUGACUUCGAAGUAUUUAUUUAUUUAUUUACUUAUUUAUUGGGGGGGGGGGGGGGGCUUCGCCUUUACAUUCGUGCCAAAAACCGUCAUACCGUCAUACAGACUACAGGCAUAUGCAUCGGAGCACAUCUGCAUCGGUGCGUCGUCGUUGCUUCGCGGAACGCCUGGUUUUGCCGCUGCUGGAAUCUGUCAGACACAUUUAAUAUUUAACAAAGAUACAUUCCAGGUGCACUGAUGUGCGGAGGCAAUACUGUGUGUCCUGCAAGACCGCGCUCGGGGCUGCAACGAACGAUGCGCCGCCGGUCGAGCAGAGGCGCACACGCUGAUGAUCCUUUAAGUGUCUGCAGAGAGACAACGUGCAUAGAACGCUCCCCUGACGUCUGCUGGUGCGCGUGUUCUGUACAGUUAUGCUUCUCAUGUUGAUUUAACGCAACAUUGUUUUAUGUCACAGAGCCACUUGUCUUUUGUAAAUACAUCAAAUGUGUGAUAUAUUAAAGACAUUUAAAUUAUGA